GGGCGCCUAUAUAUAAAGUUGCUUGUAGCUCUGGCCAGACACAACUACAGCAUAAAUCAUUAUUUCUACUCGUAGACAGGACAAGACUAGAGCUUUGCCCGAGAAGUUUAGGAGCAACGAUGAAGAGUAGCACGCUCGUGGCGAUACUGGUUCUCCAGGCCGUCCUGGUCAUGGGAAUCCUCUCACACGCCAACGACGACUUCCCUAAGUGCUGCGACAACUGCAGGUUCUUCUCGGGGGCCGUGGUCUGCGACGACGCCGGUCCCAAGUGCCGCGACGGCUGCGUGAACUGCCGCGUCGUGGAGACGAGCCCCAAGAAAACGUUCCGGUGCGCCGAUGGACGUGGCGACGACGGCACACCUUGCCCACCCUGCAAGAAGUACUAAUCGAUCGGUCAAGCGCAGAUCAUGAGAUGCUCGUUCCACCAAAAAUAAAAGCUCCGAUGCAUGAGCAGAAGGGUCGUGGUUGUACAUGCACGCGGUCUACGUCCAACGACAACUGUUGUCGUCGUCGUGUUAUUUCCUUUGAGAAAAAGCUAUUAUUAUGAAUAAACGCAUGGAGUAUCAAUUUA